AUGAAACUAGUUCAUAUCCUGAUCUACAUGGGUAUAUGCUACUUUACUGAGGCUCCAGAUUCCGAAGUCAUCUCUCCGUGGUCAGUUGAGGGUACACAGUUCAAGCAAUCUGUUGAAAUGAGCGACAUGUCGCCGUCUUUUAUUCAGACCCCAACCACUGGCGAAGAGACCACAACGACGAAGCGGCCGAAAAGGAAGAAGUCUAAACGUGGAAAAAAGAAGAAAAUGCGGCAGCAAUACGUUGUCGACGAUCAGCCACCACCACCAGUUACCACAGAAAAGGUCGUCACACUCGAGCAAUACGUUGUCGACGAUCAGCCACCACCACCAGUUACCACAGAAAAGGUCGUCACACUCGAGCCGAUUUACGAGAAGUCGGGAAAUACCUACUCACAAGAGGAGCUGGUGAAGUUAUGCGAGGAGACAAGAAGCGUCGGAAGUAAAUUUGGCAUCCAUGAUGUGUCGUCGUUUGCCGGCAAAAAUUGCGCUCUAAUUCGCCUCUAUUACCCAGACGUCACAUGUGAGCAAAUAAAUGUGUUCCUACAAUACUGUCAAGUUACCCGAUCAAUUCAAUGA